AUGGCGACAAUAUCAUACGGCGGCGAAAACGAUGGGAUUCAGGUGGGAAUUAAUCACGGGUCGAUCUACGCGGCCCCAGACAAACCGGAACUUCGACCUGACCCUCUGUUCAUUGUACCUAUUCCACCCGACCCGGACUUUGUGAGUCGCGAUGAUCUCCUGCAUCGGAUAGAGCAAUCGUCGGGCCCCGGAUCCAGAACCGUUCUCUUUGGUCUCGGGGGUGUAGGAAAAACCCGCCUUGCCGCCGAAUACUGUCAUCAAGUCCGACAGCUCUCCUCGGACACCUGGGUGUUCUGGGUGCAUGCGAGCAAUGCGGCCCGCUGCGAGCAAAGUCUCCGCGACAUUGCCGAACGCACCAAGAUUCCCGGGCGAAAAGACCGUAACGUGAACAUCUUCGAACUCUUUGGGCACUGGUUACAGGAUGGAAAGCUGGGGAAAUGGGUAUUGGUGCUGGACAAUCUCGAUAACGACGAACUCCUGCGCCAACCGUCAACGACUACCACAACGCAGCCACCGCUAAGAUACCUCCUUGAAAGCUCGGGUAGCUCUAUCAUCGUCACUACCCGAGACCGAAAGGUGGCACUGGAAAUCGCCGGCUCCAGGAAGCACCUGAUUGAGGUGCAACCAAUGAACAAAGACGAGGCGGUAGAUCUCAUGCGAAAUAAGAUGGAUCCUGCUCCAGAGAAAGAGGAUUUGAUCCAGCUAGUGGAGGAAUUGGACUUCAUGCCACUCGCCAUGAUGCAGGCGGCCAGCUACAUUACCCAUCGUUCACCCCGUUGUUCGCCGUCGCAAUACCUAGCAAAGCUCCGGGAAAGUGAUCAUCGCGCUAUCGAGCUCCUGAGUGAUGAAGGCCAUGGCAUGUACCGAGACUACGAGGCCAAGAACUCCAUUAUUCGGACUUGGCAAAUAUCUUUCGACCACAUUCUACAGAGCAGACACACUGCGGCUGAUUUGCUGUCCCUCAUGAGCUUUUUCGACCGCCAAGGAAUCCCAGAGGAUCUUCUCCAUGUGCGAGCUGUGGAAAAAAAGCAUCAGGAUGUCGACGAUUCAUCCCAAUGCAUUGAUGAUUUCGAGAGUGAUAUUGCUACUCUCAGGGACUAUUCUUUCAUUGCCUCUGAUGGAAAGAAAGCCUUCACGAUGCAUCGACUAGUGCAGCUGACGGUACGCACCUGGUUGAAGACCUACGGCAGAGAGGAGCAGUGGAAAGAAUCUUUUGUCAGAAAUCUCAAUGACCAGUAA